AUGACAUCAUCUAAUAAUCGAACACAAACAUUUUGUCAAACACCAGCACAAUGUGUUCCUAGACAACCAUCGUUUCCAAGGCAAACAGAACAGUCAAUACGUCCAAUGGUUUCAGUACAUCCAUUAAUCUCUGGACGUUUUCCAGUACCAACGUAUCCUAGACAUCGACCAGUAUCUACACAUCCUGUGAUUUUUUCUCAAUCCGUUUCUCGACAGCCAACGUUUCCUGGACAUAAAGUUGUCUCCAAACUGCCAACAGUUUCUGAAAAUACAUCAAUUCUUAGUUCACCAACAAUUCCUAUUCAACCAACCGUUCCUAAGCCACCAACGCUUCCUAUGCAGCCUACAAUAUCGAAAAAUCUUACAGUUCCUACUAAUCCAACAGUUUCCGAGAAUACAAAGUCAAAUACUUUAUUGAAUUCAAUUCCCUCUGUGCAAGCAACUUCUCCAAAGUCAACGGCAGGUAACCGAAAACGAACAACUAGAUGGGACAUUGAUUCACAAGAACAGUUAAAAAAAUCUAUUAUUACUAUAUCACCUCCUACAGAGAAUCCAAUCGAACCUUACACUCCCACUUCAAUAGAAACAUAUUUUUAUACCCCUACACCAAAGUUGCAACUUGAAUCACAAUUUAAACCUUCUUCCGGAAAAGCUGAUUCCACGAGUGACUCUUCCUCGACUGACUCUUCCUCAAGUGAUACUGAUUCUUCUUCAAGUAAUACUGAUUCUUCAAACGGGCCUUCUAAAGAAAUUGUGACAAAUAAUUUGACUGAACCAACUCCAAGUCCUUUAAAAAAAAAAAUUGAGAAAAACUCAAUUAGUUCAAUGCCUUCUCCAAAAAAAAGCAAAAAUAAUUCAAGGAAGUCGAGAUCUGGAAAAAUCAUUAAGAAUAAUUUAACUGAUCCAACUCCGGGAACUUCUGAAAUAAACACCAAACAUUUAAUGAAAAUGUCAACUGAAGAUUCUUCUACGUCCUUGGAAGAUAUAAAAAAAUUAAAAAAUCAACCUUUUGAUCCUCGGGAAGAAGCAGUAAGACUUGAUAAUAUUUGUGCAAGAAAACCAACUAGACCACGCAAAACCAGUUCAAAAAAAAAAUCAGAUAACUCUGACCCAUCAGUGUCGAAAAAAAAAGAUGAGUGA